AGAGAAUUUGGUAAACAGAAAAGCUCAGAAAUCUGAAGAUCUUGGAUCUCCGUGCUUCAUUUCCGGUUGUUGCGCCACGCACACAUGAAAAUUUGUCUCUUCAUCUUCCCUUUCUUCGUGUUGUCGAUUCUUGCACCUCAAAUAUCCUUCUCAGAUUCACACGCCUCUCAGCUCUCUCUUCUCCACCACCAUACCAACCGUCAACCUGCUACGGGCCUCAUUGCAGCCCUAGAUGGCACUCUCUAUCUGCUCGACACUGAUUCCGGCAGGGUAAUUUGGUCAUUCUCCACUGGUUCCCCCAUCUACCAUUCCUACCAGGCACCUCUCAAUUCCGCCAAUGAAUCUGGACUCAUCGAAUGCGGUGAUGAUUGGGAACUCAUCCUUCAUCACAACCACUUUGGUAAAACGAGGCUCUCGGAAUCUAUUGCUGAUUAUGUUGCGGAUACGCCUGUUAUGUCAGAAGAUGGGGCAGUUGUUCUUGGAUCCAAAAGAACAACUGUCUUUGAAGUUGAUGCUAAAACCGGAAGGCUUGUAAGAAGUUAUACCACUGCAGCCUUUGAUGAUUCGUCCGCCGCCGGGUGGAGUGAUGACAGGAAGAAUGUGACUACUGACAUUGGUACAAGCAGUAGUGAGCUUGCUGAUCCUGCGCAGCUUAAUCCGCCGGAUUUUUUACUCAAGAUAUUUAGGACUGAUUAUCUUUUGCAAUCUGUUGGUCCUGGAUCUGGAAUGGUUUUGUGGACCAUGAAAGUAGCUGAAUUUAAGGCUGUAUUACAUUGCCAACAUGAUGAGUAUCCAUCUGACAGGGUGUCAUUCGAGGCAGGAGGUCAAUAUGCUUUCGACAGUGGCUUACGUUUUGCUAUGCCGUAUGCAUGUCAUGACAGAAAACUAAAAGAUGUCUAUCGCCAAAGGAAGAAUUUUCUGCUAGAACAUGGUAACCCUGAAAGAUUAUCCGAGGGUUAUAAAGAGUGUGAUAUGCUCCCAACCCCUUCUUCAGAACUGAUGCUUCCAUUGCAACCUAAUAAAAAUAGGGUUCCCCAUGGUCCUAAUAGUAAAAUGAUGCAUUCUGGGGACGUGCUAAAUCAUUUGCCUGCUUUGCCACCGAAAAUCAACUAUGAUAAUAAUGAUCAUGCAGUAAUGCUCUACCAGUUUCCUAUGGAUAUGGCUGGACCUGGUAAAAUUGAUGUGAGCAAGGGGAUUGAAUGGUCAACAUCAGCUCUUAUAUUGUUUAUAGGAUUUAUUCUCUGCGUUUUGAUCUUCUGCUUCUGCCUUAGGAAAAAGAGAGUGCAGAAGGACCAAAACAUUGAGGCAAUUUUAAAAAAUCAUUCUUCUAAGAAAAAGAGAGCACGUAAGUCUGGAAGGAAUGCCAUCGUUGUUGACAAACAGGAUAGGAAUUCAUUGCCAGCUGAGGAGGAUAUAUUGACAAAUAAUGUUGAUGGACGGAAGAUUGGUAAACUAAUUGUACUAAACAAAGAAAUUGCUAAGGGUAGUAAUGGUACCAUUGUUCUGGAGGGGAUAUAUGAAGGUCGGGAAGUUGCUGUCAAACGUCUUGUUCAAGCUCAUCAUGAUGUAGCCAGCAAAGAAAUCCAAAACCUUAUUGCAUCUGAUUGCCAUCCAAACAUUGUUCGAUGGUAUGGGGUCGAAUAUGAUAAUGAUUUUGUUUAUCUUGCUUUGGAGCGUUGUAUAUGCAACUUGGAUGAUUUGAUUCAAAAUUACUCUGAUAUAUCAGAAAACCCAGUGCAUAGCAAGGAUCAAGGUUCUAAGAUUGUUAUAAAGGCUCAGGUGGAGACAGGGAAGGAUGAUGUGCAAUAUCUUUGGAAAGCAAAUGGCCAUCCAUCAUCGCUAUUACUUAAACUAAUGAGGGAUGUAGUUUCUGGGCUUGCUCAUUUGCAUGAACUAGGAAUAAUACACCGGGAUUUGAAACCCCAAAAUGUUUUGAUAACCAAAGAAAGAUCACUAUGUGCAAAGCUUUCUGAUAUGGGAAUUAGCAAACGCCUUCUUGAAGAUAUGUCUACGUUGGGUCAUAGUGUUACUGGAUGUGGGAGUUCAGGGUGGCAGGCACCAGAGCAGCUUGUUCAAGGACGCCAAUCACGAGCUUUAGAUUUGUUUAGUUUGGGAUGUGUCCUAUUUUUCUGUAUGACUGGGGGAAGACAUCCAUUUGGAGAGCGCCUUGAGCGUGAUGUUAAUAUUCUAAAAAAUCGAAAGGAUCUCUUUUUAAUAGAGUCCAUUCCAGAGGCAGAGGACCUUAUCUCUCGUUUAUUAAACCCUGAUCCGAAUUUAAGGCCAAAGGCGAUUGAAGUGUUGCACCAUCCUCUUUUCUGGAGUUCUGAGAUGAGACUUUCAUUUCUUCGAGACGCCAGUGAUAGGGUGGAACUUGAGGACAGAGAGACUGAUUCUGAUCUUCUUAGGACAUUAGAAAGCAUUGCUCCAAUGGCUUUAGGUGCAAAAUGGGACGAAAAGAUGGAACCGGCUUUCAUUACUAAUAUUGGUCGUUACAGAAGAUAUAAAUAUGACAGUGUUCGAGACUUAUUAAGGGUCAUGAGAAACAAGCUAAAUCAUUAUAGAGAAUUACCUCAAGAAAUUCAGGAACUUGUAGGAUCUGUUCCAGAAGGAUUCAAUGACUAUUUUGCAAGUCGGUUCCCAAGGCUCUUGAUUGAAGUAUACAGAGUUAUAUACGAAUAUUGCAAGGAUGAUGAAUGUUUUCGAAGGUAUUUUAGAGACAAUUAGUGCGUUAGCUUUGUUUUAAUGACCAUAAAAUAUACAAAGUGAAUGAACAGGUUCAGAGAGGCCAUGGAACAAUUACAACGACAUGGUUAACUAGCACUAAUCUAACAGUGUAAUAUAUUACUGUAAUACGAUGUAUAUAUGUAUUCGCCAAUUAGUAAUACAAGAAAGUUAUGAUUUAAUGUAUA